AUGGAUGAAGAACCCAAAGAUCCUCUGAUUUUGGGAAGACCUUUCCUUGCCACUGCUGGAGCUAUAAUUGAUGUGAGAAGAGGCAAGAUUGAGCUGAAUUUGGGUAAAGACUGCAAGAUGGUGUUCAAUGUAAAAGAUGUUAUGAAGCAACCAACUAUAAAUGGUGAGUCGUUUUACAUUGAAACACUUGAGCAGCUAGCCGAAGACUACUUGGAGGAAUUGGGAGUUGAGGAUAAGCUGCAGCUGGCUUUGACUAAGGAUAAUGAGGAGUUUGGAUGUCUACAAGCAGAGAGUAUGGGUUAUGCUUGGCUUAUGGACUCACACAGAGCAGCAAAAGAGGGACAGGCUUUGAGAGUUGGUCAGUCAGAAACGAAGAGCAUCCGGGAUGGAAAACAGGUUGAGAACCUGUUUGCUCUAGAGUCCAAACCAAAGGAGGAAAGCUCUCAAGAGCAAGGCACGGACGAUGACUGGUCUGAGCUUAAGGCUCCCAAAGUCGAUCUCAAACCACUCCCAAAGGGGCUCAGGUAUGCGUUCUUAGGCUCUAACUCCACAUACCCUGUCAUUGUCAAUGAUGCAUUAGACCCCCAUGAGCUUGAAACCCUCCUUGUCGAGCUGCGAAAGUACAGGAGAGCUCUUGGAUACUCGCUGGACGAUAUCAAGGGUCUCUCCCCUACUCUAUGCACUCACAGGAUCCAUCUCGAAAAUGAAUCAAAGGGAUCUAUUGAGCAUCAGCGUAGGUUAAACCCCAAUCUUAAAGAAGUAGUAAAGAAAGAAAUCUUGAAGCUUCUUGAUGCAGGAAUCAUUUACCCUAUUUCGGACAGUACUUGGGUUUCUCCAGUACAUUGCGUCCCAAAAAAGGGUGGGAUUACUGUCAUCAAGAACGAAAAGAAUGAAUUGAUCCCAAGUAGGACAAUAGUUGGACAUAGAAUGUGCAUUGAUUAUCGUAAGUUAAAUUCUGCAUCAAGGAAAGAUCAUUUUCCUUUGCCAUUCAUUGACCAAAUGCUUGAAAGGCUUGGUUUGAAUUGGGAGAAGUGCCAUUUUAUGGUGAAAGAGGGGAUAGUCCUUGGCCACAAGAUCUCAGAGAAAGGCAUUGAAGUGGACAAGGCAAAGAUAGAAGUAAUGGUGCAACUUGGGGAGCCAAAAUCAGUUAAGGAUGUGAGAAGCUUCUUGGGACAUGCGGGUUUCUACAGGCGCUUUAUCAAAGAUUUUUCUAAGAUAGCAGGCCACUCACAAGACUCUUAUGCAAAGAAACAGAGUUCAUCUUUGAUGAAGAGUGUAGCCAAGCUUUCUUGA